AUGAGUGUAAAACUGAUAUUAGAUUCCUUUGAAAAAUAUCGUCGUUCUGAAUCGUACGAAGAAUUCAGUUCUUCAAUAAAAGACUUUUUCGAUAAUCCAGGUGAACUGGGGUCCCUUGAUCCUGACACUAGCAAUCAACUCAAUAAGUUCUUUUCAUUUUCUUUGUGCUCUCCAAGUGGCCGAAAACUCAGAUCUGUAGCACUGAGUAUUGUUUCCAUAUAUACAGAGGAUAUAUCUAACAGAUACCUCCUUUUGUCUCAGUUUUCCAUACUGGAAUACCUCCUUUAUGGGUUUCGUAAUUGGACGGAAGAAACUCUACGUGCUGAAGCCCUAACUUCCUUUUACCGGUGUACGUUUGAAAUGUGUUACAUGCCUCUCGAAUACAAUGAGGAUGUAAUUAUUUUCGGUGCUAGACUGGCCUUAUCCUGCCUUCAGAAUCCUGAGAGCCAUGUUGGAAUCGAAAUCGCUCUGGGAGUUCUUUCAAAUUUAUCCCGAAACCACUCUGCCAUUCAUAAAGCUUUUAAAAAUCUUGACGACUUUGACCAUCUGAGAAAAUUACUUCUUCGUAUUAUGGAGAAUGACACCUCAAAACAACUGGAGAUUGUUCUCUCCAUGUCUAUCAUUUAUCACUUAUUUGGCAUUACUGAUAAGUUUUUUGACAAACGCAAUAUUAAUACCUCUCUUCAAGUUCUAUUUAACAUCUUCCUUAAUGGCAAUUCACUUAUUGAAAGCUCUUAUGCCGGGGAUAUUUUAAUCGAUUUUUGUAAUGAUCCCUCCUCGUUUGUUCUUAUAAGCUCACAUUCGAGUGUAAAACAAACCAUAGAAGGAGCAGUCAGUUAUAUCCAAUCGGGUGAUUCAAAGCUAGUUUAUAAAUUUUUCUGGUUUUUAUCUAGCCUUCUCAAACGGGAUUCUGACUUGACUGCUUUUGUUAAAAGUUUGGUUUUCAAAUCAUCUUCUCAAGAAGGUUCCUAUUCUGUUCUUUCGGUAAUAGCUAAUCAUCUUUCAAACCCGAGAGAUCAUCUUCUUUCCGCAUCUGCAGCCUGUUUCCUCUUUGAGUUGUUGUCUAUUUCUGCAACGGAUUUCGAGAACAGUAACAUUCUCACCCGACUCCUCGAAAUUAUCUCCCACUCUCUAUCGAGUUGCUCUGAAUCCUGGACUUCUGUUGAAACAAUUUAUCGUCAACGACUGAUCAUGCAUUGCGCUUCAUUGAUCAUCCAGAGAGUUUCCCAACUCUGUUGUUCUAUGGAUGGGGAAUCUAUUGAUAUUUCAGGAGGUCAUGUCGCUCAUCUUGGUCAUUUAGCUGAAUCCUUCGCUUGGCAGAAUUUGGAAAAAAAUGUCCAGUUGACAAACUUUCUAGUUCCCACUCCAAAUUCGGAUUUAGAUGUCGCAGAAAAUCGGCGACUAGUUGCUUCUAUGCUAUUAACUAUUGAUGCUCUGGAUUUGCUUCUUACCUGUACAGACUUUCUCUCUGUCGCAUCGCCGGUUUCUGCCACACAGAAGUCCCAAGAAAACAUGGAUCCUGAUGAGACGAGAAUCGAUUGUACUCCGCCAAAUAUUGAGAAUCUGCGUAUUAAUGAUGAUGCAUUAACCAGUAAUGAAGGUGGCAGUUUAAUUUCUGGUCAUUUGCAUCGAUGUGGAAAUGCGCUUCAACGCUGUUUGGAAGCUGCUUCUUUGCCUCCUAUUCUAGCUCUGACUCUGGUAAUUGGGAAUGGUUGUGUGGAUUCGGAGAGUAACUUUUCGUCUCGAGCUGUUGUGUUGCGGUUACUGAAGAUUGCUCUAAACUUGCAAAAAUUCUCAAACUUAUUUCCUUUGAGUUGCAGAUUUCUCCAUAUUUAUGAUAGUCUGCUUCCCCCGGGCUGCCGAUCUUUUGAAGACUAUGUAGAAUCGCGUCUUCUUUCUAUUACUAGCAAGUCCGAAAAUUAUGGCUCAAAAUCUACUCCGAAAACAUUGAUUUCAGAGUGGAUUGUCUCAACCCAACUGCUUUGUCACGCUAAAAAGCAAAGAGGGAAUGAGAUAAAUGCCAAGAAACCUCAUCUUUGCCCUGAAUCUACAAUUAAUAAACUCUGCGCGGCAAUGGAUAACUCUUCUUUAUCUUUUGCUAGCAUUGCUGGCUCGGAGGCAAUGACUAUCUGUCAACAGAAGAUCGAGCUACUUCAAUCUCACAAGUCAGUACUUGAAGCCCAGGUUGCAGCUAAACUCGAGGCCCUGCGCAUGGCCGAUGCAUUAGCCGAGGACUACCGAUCGCGAUUUAUGAUCGCCGAAGGAGAAGUUAAACGUCUCCUGCAACUCCAAACUACCGCUCUUGCCGUUGCUGAAUCACAACGCGUCGCGUUAGACUCUGAACGAGAAAGGGCUUUCCUAUAUAAAGAGGAAAUUCAGCGUUUGUCAGAAAAGCUGGCCUCCAAGGAUAAGGAAGUUGAAGGUAUUUCCACUGAAUUUUCAUCAGUUUGGUUAAAUAGCAAACUGACAAGUAUGCGGGAACAGAAUAGGACUAUGGAUGCGACCAUUGAACACUUCCGAAAACAGUUGGACGAAGCAAAGCAGGUUAUUGAUCAAAAAGAUGCUGAGAUUCUUCAAUACAAUAAUAUGGCGAGAAUUAUCAACGAACUCACAGGCAAGGUCCAGCCAGUCAAUCUAUCUAGCUCCAAGAAUACCUGA